CUUCAUACUAUAUGUUAAGAAUUCUCAGAUGUGAGAUACUAACUUAAAACAUGAAAUACAAUGAGAUAUCUCAUUACAGUCACCCAAAACACAAUCUUAAAAUUGAUCUUACAGAAGUACCCUUUAAGUGUGAUGGGUGUAAAGAGAUAGGUAUAGGAUCUUGUUACAAGUGCAACUUAUGUGAUUAUGAUCUUCAUAUGCAUUGUGCCAUUCCAACCCCUGUAAUCUACCACCCAUUCUACCCAAAAUGCACGUUUGUUUUCGUGUCGAAACCACCUGGGAACGUGCCUCGCUAUUGCAAUGCUUGCGAAAGGGGUGUUUCGGGUUUUUCAUAUCAUUGUAAUUCUUGUGGUUUUGAUCUUCACCCCUGUUGUGCUAAGCUUCCUACCGCGUUAGAUGAUGGUGAUAUCAAGAUGUAUCUAUAUAGGAAGGUUAGCGCAUCAUGUGAUAGAUGCGGGAGAAAAGGGCGAAGUUGGAGCUACAGAUCAUCAGAUAAAAAGUACAAUCUACAUGUAGCUUGUGUGAAAGAUAUGCUGAUUGAGAGCUGGCAAGACUUGUACUAUGGACGCGGCCUUAGUCGUAGUAGUAGUACGAGUACGACUGCUCGUGGUCGGACGAGGAUGCCUGAAGUUCCAGGCCUGAAGGGGGCCCUGCUACAAACACAUAGUCAUAGGUAUACUACUAGCAAGAGCAAAGGAUCUAAGGUUCAAAAAUGCUGUGAAAUGGCUGGUAUGACAUUGCAGUUUGUUAUUUCAGCUGUUCUUGGUGAUCCCACAACUCUUAUUGCUGGGGUCAUUGGCUCCUUGAUGUCUCGGUAGCACCACUACGCCAUACUCCUCUGUCUUACUAUACUUAAAUUUCUAAGACGUGUGCGUGUGAAUUUCAUGAAUUGAGGUUUGCUAACAUAAAUGUAAAGGAAGUCCAACUGUAUAAUUGUAUGCAAGUGUUAGUGUUUGGCUUACAAUAAUACAAAACGUUGGAUGUUAUGCAAAUUUUUAUUCCACAA